CGUCUUUCUUCUAAUUUCUUCCACUUUCGGUUACCACUUGCGUUUGCCAACAAUCAAAUCAAGUGUUAAGCCACAUUGCUUCAUCUUUCUACGGUCUAAUUCCUCUUCUACACCUUUAAUCAUCUAAUUUAUCUUCAAUUCUUUCUCAAUCUCCCACCCAAAGCUACUGUUAACCUGAGUUUGCUUUCUUUAAUUCUUCCACUCUUCAGCUCAUCGUGAAUCUAAUACUUGCUUACCAAUGACAGACAAUGGCUCUUGUCUCUAAAGAUAUUGACUCUGCCUUCGACGGCGCAGGAGCAAAACCCGGCUUGGAGAUCUGGUGCGUAGAAAACCUCCGAUUGGUUCCGCUUCCCACGUCUUUGCACGGCAGGUUUUAUUCGGGAAGUGCAUAUAUAGUUUUGAAUACUGUUCUGCUAAAAAAUGGCUCUCCUCUGCACGAGAUACAUUAUUGGCUAGGAAAAGAUGCUAAUGAGGUGGAAUCAGCUUUGGCAUCAGAUAAAGCACUUGAAUUAGAUGCAGCUCUAGGGUCCUGCACUGUUCAGUAUAGGGAAGUUCAGGGCCAGGAAACAGAGAAGUUCUUGUCAUACUUCAAGCCUUGUAUUAUACCUAGCGAAGGAGUAUAUUUGUCACAGCUGGGGCAGUUAGAUAGCAACACAUACAAAGUUAGCUUGUUAAAAUGCAAGGGUGAUCAUGUUGUUUCGGUGAAAGAAGUUCCUUUUUCUCGGUCAUCCUUGAACCAUAAUGAUGUAUUCAUACUUGACACUGCAUCAAAAAUUUUCCUCUUUAGCGGGUGCAACUCUAGCAUACAAGAAAGAGCUAAAGCUUUGGAGGUUGUUCAGUAUGUCAAGGAGAACAAGCAUGGGGGAAAAUGUGAGGUGGCAACUAUAGAGGAUGGAAAAUUUGUUGGUGAUUCUGAUGUUGGUGAAUUUUGGAGUUUCUUUGGUGGCUAUGCUCCAAUUCCAAGGGACAUAGCUUUUGAUGUUCAGAAAGAAUGUGAUACUUCACCUGUACAACUAUCGUGGAUAACUACUCAGGGUAAACUAUGUCCGAAAGCAAGUAAUUCAUUGAACAAAGAAAUGCUCGAUUCAAACAAGUGCUAUAUGCUGGAUGGUGGUGCUGAGAUUUUUGUAUGGAUGGGUAGAAAUACAUCUCUUACAGAAAGGAAGAUGUCAAUUUCAGUUAUUGAAGAUUUUUUGAGAAAUCAGGGCAGGUCUACUGCAACACAUUUAACCUUUCUAACUGAAGGACUCGAAACUUCCUUAUUUAGGUCAUUCUUUGAGAGUUGGCCGCAAGUGGAGCCCAAUUUGUAUGAAGAAGGUCGAGGAAAAGUAGCAGCAAUAUUUAAGAAACAGGGUUAUGAAGUGAAGGAGCUUCCUGAUGCAGAAGACUGCCAGCCCUAUAUAAACUGCCAAGGAAAACUAAAAGUUUGGCGGGUAGAUGGUGAUGAGUUGAUCCUUGUUCCGGCUCAAGAGCAAAUAAAGCUUUUCAGUGGAGAUUGUUAUGUUGUUCAAUAUACAUAUGCUGGGGAUGGAAGGGAUGAAAAUCUAUUUUAUGCAUGGCUUGGUCGCGCCAGUGCGUUGGAAGAUAGAGCUGAUGCCAUCACUCAUAUGACUGCUAUAGCUGACUCAACCAAGGGGGAUCCUGUUUUGGCUCGAGUUAUGCAAGACAAGGAGCCGCUUCAACUUUUAUUGAUUUUCCAGACAGUAAUUAUUUUGAAGGGAGGGUUGAGCAAACGAUACAGGACGUUCAUAGCAGAAAAUGGUAUUUUGGAUGAAACUUAUGAAGAAGGAAAGCCUGCACUUUUUCGAGUUCAAGGGACAAGCCCAAGUAGCAUGCAAGCCAUCCAAGUUGAUCAAGUUUCAAGCUCUCUGAAUUCAUCCUAUUGUUACAUCCUGCAAACUGGAAGGUCUACAUUGACUUGGAUGGGAAAUUUGUCAUCGACUAUAGACCAUGAUCUUCUUGACAGAAUGCUAGAGCUUAUUAAUCCAACAUGGCAACCUAUAUCAGUGCGAGAAGGGAGUGAACCUGAUAUUUUCUGGGAGGCACUUGGUGGAAAAACAGAGUACCCAAGGGAACAGGAGAUAAAACAGCACAUUGAAGAUCCACAUUUGUUUGCGUUUAUGUUUGCUGAUGGUGAUUUUAAGGUGAAAGAGAUAUACAACUUUACUCAGGAUGAUUUAACUACUGAAGAUGUCUUACUACUCGAUUGCCACGAAGAAAUCUAUGUCUGGAUUGGAUGUCAUGCAAAUGUUAAAUCAAAGCAACAAGCCCUUAUGUUUGGCCUGAAUUUCCUCGAGAAUGCCCAACUGGUUGGAGGACUUUCUAUCGAGACUCCUAUCUAUGUUGUCACCGAAGGGAAGGAACCUCUAUUUUUCACUCGUUUCUUUGAAUGGGAUUCUUCUAAGGCAAAUAUGCUUGGCAACUCAUUUGAACGAAAGCUUGCCAUUUUGAAAGGGAAGAAGCCAAUCCUAGACCACCGAAGCCCCUCGUACAAACGUAAAAUUUUUGCCGAAGGAAGAGUUUGGUCCACCAUAGCGAAUGAGCACUGCUAUAGAUUUUCAGUACAGGAACAUAUAUUCCACGUUUCUCAUUUUUUAUUGGCAAUUUGGCUUGCCACGCGUUUGAUUCCUAUAAUAAGCUCAAGGAAAGCAUCCUGUAGGGAGACUACUCCAGAUAAUUCUAGAAGCAAUUCUGUCAGUUCAAAUGGGAGGGGAAGUAGUUUAUCCAAUACAUCCAGUGUUUCAGGCUCAAAGUCCAAGUCUGCAAACAACCACCUUUUUUCAGGCCCAACCCCAAUUGCGAGGAUGCUUUUUCCAGGAUCUCCCGAUGGUAGUGCUGGUUCUCCACAAGCAGAGGCAAAGUCUCCUCCGGAUGCAAAUUUAAUGCAGGUCGAUAGUAGUAUCACUACUGCAAACACUUUAACGUAUCCAUACUCGCGAUUGAUCGUGGGUUCAAGUGAUCCUGCCACAGACAUAGAUGUAACAAGAAGAGAGGCAUACUUGAGUGAUGAAGAAUUUCUAGAGAAGUUCGGAAUGAUGCGGAAGGCCUUCUACCAGUUUGCGAAAUGGCGACAGAACAAGCUCAAGCUGUCUCUGCAGCUUUUUUAAGAAACACUAGCAUCAAUUCAAAUGACCGAUGAUAAGUUGAAGUUCUUCGCGUCCUCAGACAGUAGUAGUGCAUUUCACAGGCCCAAAAACGAUUUGGUCAAUAUCUCACGUUGUCCGCAGAACGUCGGCAUCCGCUAAGCAAUUAUGGAUUAGGUUGAGCUUGAAGCAACAACAGGCGGCUAAAUUGUAGGAAUUGAUGUUUCUUUUUGGAUAGCCAAACUUACUAUUUUGUUUAAUUAUGUACUUUCACAUGUAAAGUCCUCACUGGAAACUUUCUCGAAGAUAAGAUGAUAAUCCCAUGCCACCACUCGUUUUUGGUUGA